AUGGCUUCCUCUACAUCCACCAUCUCAUUGCUUUCCCUCUUUCUCUUCUCACUCUGGGCUUUCGUUUCUCAAGCUCAAGUUCCUGCAAACGAAACUUUCAAGUUUGUCAACGAUGGAGAGUUUGGGCCUUACAUUAUAGAAUACGAUGGAAACUACCGUAUGCUUAGUGUGUUUAACGCCCCCUUCCAACUUGCCUUCUACAACACCACCCCAAAUGCCUUCACUCUUGCUCUUCGCAUGGGCUUGAGACGAUCCGAGUCACUCUUCCGUUGGGUUUGGGAGGCCAACCGGGGAAACCCGGUUGGCGAAAACGCCACUCUCACAUUCGGGACAGACGGCAACCUUGUUUUGGCCGAGGCUGAUGGCCGAGUGGCGUGGCAAACCAACACUGCCAAUAAAAGGGUGGUAGGCUUCAAGUUGCUUCCAACAGGCAACAUGGUGCUUUAUGACUCAAAGGGCAACUUUGUUUGGCAAAGCUUUGACCACCCUACCGACACUUUGUUGGUGGACCAAUCUCUAAAGGCAGGGGCAGUAAACAAGCUCGUGAGUCGGGCCUCCGAGACCGAAAACAAAGAUGGCGCUUAUAGCUUGGUGAUGGAGCCCAAGGGAAUAUUUUUGUACUAUAAGAGCAAAAACUCCCCAAAGCCAUUGCUCUACUCUCAAGUGAUUACUAUUGAUAAGGGCUCACUUGACCAUGCAACCUUGAAAUGUACCCCGGACACAGAUGAGGGUUACGCUUAUGACAUAACCCUAGAUUAUGAAGCGGCCAACUCUUCUUCUGGUGGAAAUCGUAUUCUAGCUAGACCUAAAUACAACAGCACGUUGACCUUCCUCAGGCUUGGAAUUGAUGGAAAUGUCAAGCUUUACACUUACAACGAUAAGGUGGAUUGGGGUGCAUGGGAGGUGACCUUCGCUCUUUUCGACAGAGAUAAUUCAAUCUGGGAAACUGAGUGCCAGUUGCCGGAGCGAUGCGGAAACUUUGGCCUCUGCGAGGACAGCCAAUGUGUUGCUUGUCCAUCGUCAAAGGGAUUGUUGGGUUGGAGCAAGACUUGUGAGCCUGAGAAGCUAACUUCUUGCAAUCCAAAGAGCUUCCGCUACUACAAAGUUGAAGGGGUUGAUCACUUUUUGAGCAAGUACACUAGGGGAGAUGCUACAAAGGAGGCUGAUUGUGGUAAGAAGUGUACUUCGGACUGCAAGUGUUUGGGGUACUUUUACAACCAGGAUACAUCAAGGUGUUGGAUAGCUUAUGAUUUGAAAACGCUUACCAAAGUUGCCAAUUCUACUCACGUGGCUUAUAUCAAGACACCUAACUAG